AUGGAAAAAUAAAAUUCGAAUGAAGAAAAUCAUGAAAAAUUAGACAUAAAUCAACUCAGGCAAGCGGUAUUAGAUAUAUCUAGAAGAAUGGUGUCAUAAUACAAGGGGCUUCUAAACAAAAUUGAAUUUAUUCCAAACAUUAAGAUCUAAUCUGAAUAAAAGGAGGUAUAAAAUUCCUAAAAUUUCCAAAAUGUAUUGAUGAUGUAGAGGACUUCUAUGAAGAAAAGAAAAGAAAAAAAAAUUAAGAACAUAAUAUUGGAAGAUGAAAACGGCAAAAGGUAUGUAUGUCGGAUCUGUGGGAAGAUAUUAAAAAAUAGUUCCAAAUUAGGAGGCCAUUUAAGACAUUAUCAUAAAAAAAAUGAAUGA